AUGCUCAAGCCUCAAUCUCGGCAACCUACGAUUGUAUCCUCAUAUAUUACGGAAACCUAUCAAUUCAUACGAAGUCAAUUUCUUCAAAACAAAAUACUCCUUGCCAUGAUUAUUUUCGCAACAAUCUUAAAUGUUAUGCUGGGAACAACAAAUGCCGAACAAUAUGUUUUCGGAGGUAGGCAAGGAACCUAUGAUCUGUUCAUGGCAAAUGUAGUGAAGAGAUCGAAUUUCUCUUCACAAGAAACCAUAGCCCAAACCAAGAAAUAUCUUGCACAAAAUUUCAACUCCACAUGGUGUGAUAUUCUAUAUGUCAACAAAGAGACUGGCGAACAAUUAAGACGCCGAGAAAUAUGUCUGGUAGAUCACAAGAACAUGAAAUUCUACUCAAUAUGGGAUGGAUACAAUGUUUACCAAUUCAAUACAGAGUCCACGCCACCACCCAAUUCUCGACAAUUAGAAAAUGGAGCAAUUGAUUUAACUGGAAAUUUACCUGACAGCUACUCUGGACAGGUAUUCGUGAUUGGAAAUAAUAAUUAUGCAUUAUUUGUGAACUAUCAAAAUAUUUCGAGUAGUUCUAUCUAUUCACGCCUUAACAAUACCUCUACUUAUAUUAUACGAGGAAAUAUUACAAUCUUUCUAAGCUCUCUUGACGCCCACAAUAAUAUUAUGAAGGACACAAGGUUCUAUUUUAGAAUAAGUAAUCAUCCAUCUGGAAUAGGAGUGAUUAUUCGAAGUAUGGAAUAUGGUGACUUGUGUUUUUGUCAGUUAAAGAGAUAUCUUACUGUGGACAAAAUGUUUGAAGUAGGAUUGGCUCCUUGUAAUUAUACAGAUCCUUAUCAAAAAUUCUAUUGGACUGGAGCAAGUAUUAUAAGCUCGGUUAACAUUGAUACCAUCUCCGCACAAGGCCUGGAUUAUACGAACCCCACGUCAUAUGCGUUGAGAUUUUUUAAACUAACCUAUGGACAUUCUAUCGGAAUGGUCAAGUACAAUGAACGUCCAUCGAGUGUUCUGACUCUUCUUCUUGUCACAUCAGAGAAUGCUCUUAAAAAUCCGUAUCAAUUCAAAGAAAAGCAUGUUUUGACUCCAUCUACCCUUAUUGAAUCAUUUUACAUCAACCACGACGUUGUUGAGCAGGAUGUCACUCUCCAAAAUCAAUUAGCAAGAGCGUCAAUGCCUUUCCGUUAUUCAGCUGCUUCAACGAGAACACUCUGUAUAUAUUCCAACCUUUUGUUGGUGGUGAUUGUACUUGUAUUUUUGCUGUCUAACUUUGAAUCAAAUCAUUAA